AUGCCUGCCGACAUACAGGUUACUGUCCGCUUCCAGGAUCAAUGCGUCUUUGCCGGCGAAGAAGUCAAAUGCACUAUCACUUUCAGGAAUGUUGCCAACACGUCGGAACCGGCCACUCCUGGCCCUCACCAACGACGCUUCAGCAGGACUCUCAGCAUCGAGAAGUUGUCUGCAACGUCGCCAAGAUUCAGUGAUGUCUUGCAAUCACCGAGAGUGGGCAAGGCGAAUUAUCCGCCGUCGGCCAUGAAGAAGGCGAUCGGAUCUGGACCAGGAACUUCGGGUACGGCAAAUCAAAGGCCGGGUCACAAGCACCAAAGAUCCGUCUCUAUCAUAUCGAUUGGCUCGCCAACAGUCAGUGAAUACCAACAAGAUGCAGGUUCUGAUCGACCACCGAUGGGAGGACACCGAAGGUCUUCGACUGUGCAAGUCCAUACUGGACAUGAUCGGCAGAUAAGCUCGAGUCUUUCCUCUGGCUUACAGAUCCCUCCUCAGAGCGGCAGACGCAGUCCGCUAUCUUCGACCUCUGCUUCAACGCCAGUCUACGAGAGUAGGAGAUCUACUCCAGACUUCCAGUUCCCUCCACAGUCGCAGGCUGCCCCGUCGAAGCAGCCAUCACGAGAUCCGUCCAGGGAGCCCUCGCCGAGAACUGCCGGCAUGACUGGCACCGCCGUCCCCACGAGAUUGCGCAGAGAGCCCUCAAACGCCAGCCGAGUCACCAGCGAGCGAAGCAGUGGCGACUUCUAUUCAAUGAGCAAUCAUUCUCACGAGACGCUGGUCUCAGAGCAGCCCUCUGUCCUAUCCGAGCGACCACAAAUUCAAAUUCCUAGCGCUAUGAUGCGGCGGCAUUAUCGUAUGGACACACUCCCGCAAACUCCUCGACGUCCACCACCACAGCCGGUUGACCUCAUGAUGGGCUAUGCGCACCUGACAGCGACGUUCACAGUAGACGCAUCACUCGUAGAUCCGUCGCCAUUCGAGGAAGUCAAGCAGAAGGGCUUCUUGGGCGGUCAAGCUGGCGGAGGUGUGGUGGGUGUGACACAGAAGAAGGCGCGACCGAAUUCAGGCUUUCUUGGUGGCUUCAACUUCAACAGCAUAGGCGAGUCAUUGAAUUCGCUCGUCGGAGGCGACAACAUGUCGUCGGUCCGAGAAAUGAAUGCUGUCAGCAAUUCCCGCGCUAUACCUCUACUGAGCACACCACAAUCACUGCUUUUCGUCAAUCUCCAUCUUGAGCCAGGUGAGGAGAAAUCGUACUCAUUCUCUUGUCCUCUGCCACGCGGCCUCCCGUCGUCGUACCGUGGCAAGGCCGUCAAAUUCAGCUACAACAUCCAAAUCGGCGUGCAGUCCGCACCCACAUCGACGCGUCAACCCGACCACAAAGUCCGCCAGAUCAGCAUUCCCGUCCGUGUCUUCCCUGGCGUCGACUCAGAUGGGGAGAUUCUCGGCCACGACCUCAUGCAGCCACACGUGCUCCUUCGCGAUCCCGCUAAGACUGCCUCGAUCUCCGCUACCUUCCCCGAUUCCGAGCAUAAGGACCUACAGGCCAAACGACCAAGUACACUGAUCCCAGCACUCUCCAAUCAUACAUCAGCACUCUCCUCUCACGACCUCGUCGCCUCUCACCCAACGUUGGCACUCAUCAACCGUGCCAUCCAGCUCUCCAGUCACCGGCAACUCAAUUCCACCAAUCCAAGCGGGAACCGCUUUAACAUCACUCGCGUAGGGCAACCAGUCGCGCUGAUCACCUUAUCGCGCCCACUGCUCAAGUUGGGAGAAACAGUACACAUCUCUGUUGCUCUGGCAUCUCCAACUUUUGACGCGCCAACGUUGCCGCCACCAAUCCGCACUACCUCGAUCCACAUGUCCCUCGAAACAACAGAAAAGGUCGCGCAAAGCCUAGCUGUGCGCAGCGCAGUAAGCAUAGCCCGCGUCACACGCAAAAUCUACGCGAGCUGGGGCAGCGGAUGUGUGCUCAACGGCAAACGCGUGGUUUGGGGCGUCAAGGUCCCCACAGCAAUGGGAACGAAUGUAAGUCCAGGAUUUGUGACAAGUGGAGUGGGCUUGGAAUGGGGUGUGAGAGUUGAAUUUGGUGUUUUGAAGAGUCACGAGAGGGCUGUCGACGAUGAAGGGGUUACGGCAGGAGGCGGGGCACAGGAUGAAUACGACGACAAAGACGAUAUUGGCGAGAGAAGCGAUGACGAUAAACGUGGCGACGCCCAGCAAGCCCAAAGAAGACAAGGAGAAGAAGAAGACCAACAACAAAGGAGGAUGUUACAACCUCGGACCGCUGCCUCCAGAACCAAAGGUAACAGCAGCGACGACCACGAGAUAUCCGAGCGGCAGACAGCAGAGCCUCAGAUCUACGAACAGAUCGUCCACGACGACCAGCGCGGCACUAUCAGCAUCGCCGCCGAAAGACUCGACUGCGACAGCUUCGAGGUGUGGAUCCCGCUGACCGUGUACGGCGAUGUCCUCCCAGUUCUCAGUAACGGCGAGGCCGGUGGCGAGGACGACGCAGUCGUGAAAGUCAUCAGUCUGUAA